GCGACUCGGCUGCCGCAGCCGACUGCCGCGACCCAUUGAAACUGCUCGGUCGCGCGACAAUUACCAUUCGGAUAGAAGCGACCCUGUUUCCCAAUUUAUAGAGUCACUUAGUACUAGACCGAAGCCACUGUGAAUAGUUGUGUGUGUUCGUCGUGUUUAAAGAUUGAAGCAAAACUAUGUCAGAUAUAGCAAAACAAGAACUUUUGAUGCGGCUACUGGAGGACGAAGAAGAGGAUGAUGAUAUAAUUUUGCUCUUACUAUCUGCCAAGAGAAAUAAAAUUGAUUCAUUUUAUACAUCAAGACAUGCUGAAGGCUGCUUUGAAAUUUUAAUAAAACGGCACUUGAAUAUCAAAGACGCAAAAUUCAGAAAGUAUUGCAGACUAAAUAAAACACAGUUUAGAUUUGUACUCAGUUUAAUUCAAAAUGAAAUCCAACCAAAAAAACAAGGUUCGAUUACAGCUGAGGAAAAAUUAUUUCUUACUUUAAGGUUCCUGGCAACUGGUGAAACUUACGCAUCAUUAGAAUUUAUGUAUCGCAUAUCAGCAAGCUAUAUAAGUAGAAUAAUCCAGCAAGUUCUGAGGAGUUUAAGAAAUAAUUUAGUACCAAUAUUUCUUCCUGUGCCAACGGAAAAUCAACUAAAGGGCGCAGCCAAACAAUUUUGGAAUAGGUGGAAUUGUCCGAAUUGUUUUGGAGCCAUCGAUGGGAAGCAUGUACGUAUUAGAGCUCCAACACACAGUGGAUCAAUGUUCUUUAAUUACAAAGAUUAUUUUUCCACUGUGCUGCUGGCUAUAGUAGAUGCAAACUACAAAUUUGUUGCUGUCGAUGUGGGUUCGUAUGGAAAGGAAGGCGACAAUGGGAUAUUUCAAAAGUCAGCUAUGGGGAAGAAAAUUAUUUCUGGCCAAUUUAAUGUGCCUCAACCAGCAUCUUUACCAGGCACAGAUAUCUUAAUUCCACAUUUUUUAAUUGGCGACGACGCUUUUGCAUUGGAUGUCAACAUGAUGAAACCUUAUUUCAAAGAUCAUGUUCGAAGUGAUCGUGCUAAAGCAAUCUUUAAUUACCGUAUCUGUCGAGCUCGAAGAGUCUCAGAGAAUGCUUUUGCUCUGUUGAGCCAAGUAUUCCGAAUUUUAUAUACACCUAUUGCAAUUAAACCCGAAAUAUGUGAUGACUUGAUUAUUGUUCUAUGUUGCCUCCAUAAUUUACUACGGGAUGCGUAUUUAGAAAAUAAUGGUGUCCCAUUUUACCAUUACGAUGAGACAAAACCCAAACCUAUACAAAACAUGAUUUCAUUGGCUCGCAGGGGAGGAUUUUCAAACAUCGCUGGAUUUCAAAUCAGGGAUACUCUUAAAGAUUUCUUUAACUCAGAAGUUGGAAAAGUAGCAUGGCAAGAAGAAUGGAUAAGUAGAAGGAAUUGA